UAACUUUCUUGAAAUCCUAGAAACAUAACCUGUAUGAAACGUAAAUGUGUAAUUUAUAUAAACGUUUAAUGUUCAGUAAUAAUUAUAAAUACAGACAUACAAAAUGUCGCGAUUAAUAGUAAAAAAUUUACCAAAAAAUGUUACAGAUACAAAAUUAAAGGAACUUUUCAGUGAAAAAGGUUUAAUAACAGACGUACAAUUAAAAUAUACGAAGGAUGGCAAAUUUAGACGAUUUGCUUUUAUUGGACUUAAAACAGAAGAACAAGCUACAGCCGUCAAAGAAUAUUUUGAUCAAACAUGUAUUGACACCUGCAAAAUAUCCAUUGAACAGUGUGCAAGUUUAGGAGAUUCUUCUAAACCCAGAGCAUGGAGUAAAUAUGCGCCUGAUAGUUCAAAGGGUAAGAUUCAUAAUAAAGACUCUACUGAGAUAACAGAAAACAUAGCCAUAGUAGACGAAGAGAAAGACAGAAAUAAAAAAGGUAAAAAAGAAGAAGGUGUACAAAAGGAAAUCAGAGAAGCAUUGGAAAAGCACAAAGAUGAUCCUUUAUUUAUGGAAUUUCUUGAAAGUCAUGCAACUGAUAAGGCUAUAUGGAAGAACGAUACAAUAUUGGCAACUAUUCAAACUAAAGAACUUAGUGAUAAUGAGGUCAAUGAUAUUAAAUCUAGUGAUCAGUAUAAUGAUAAAGAAGACAGUAAGGAAGAAGAUGAUGAGGAAGAAGAGAGAAAAGAGAAGGAACCAAAGAUUGCAGACAAAGUUAUAUCUGAUUUAGAGUACAUGGAAUCCCUAAAAAGAAAAGAAAAGAAUAUAGAAGAAAGGAUUCCGAGUGACAAGAGUAAAUCUAAACAUGGUUCUAUAAAAUUGUUUACUGUGAAACUUCGAGGAUUAGCAUAUAAUCACAAGAAAAAAAAUAUCAAACAAUUUUUUCAUCCACUGAAAGCAAAAUCAAUACGAAUAUCACCAAAAAUUAAGGGUAUUGCUUAUGUUGGUUUCAAAACUGAACAGCACUUGAGGAAAGCAUUGCAGAAAAACAAAAGUUUUUUAGAUGGGAGACAAAUAUUUGUAAUGCAAUAUGAAGCAAAAGAAUAUAAUUCUGAUGAAGCAGAAAACAAAGACGAUAACGUUAGGUGGAAGAAACAAUUAGAAGCGUUAAGAAGUGAAGAAAGCAUCGCGGAAUCUGGAAGAAUGUUUAUCCGAAAUUUAUCAUAUACAAUAACGGAAGAUAAUAUUCGGCAGUUAUUUGAAAAAUAUGGUCCUCUAAGUGAAGUUAACUUACCUAUCGAUCGCACAACCAGAAAACCAAAAGGUUUUGGUACAGUAGCAUUUUUAAUGCCCGAGCAUGCGGUUAAAGCAUACAGUGAAUUAGACGGUUCGAUUUUAGACGGAAGAAUGUUACAUGUUCUUCCAGCUAAAGCGAAAUCCGAUCCUAUGGAAGAACUUGACAAAAAAGGAUUAACUUACAAGCAGAAGAAAGAACUGAAAGCUAAAAUAACUGCGGGAUCAUCACACAAUUGGAAUACUCUUUUCCUUGGUCAAAACGCUGUAGCAGACACUAUAGCUGCUACUUAUAAUACGACGAAGGAAAAAGUGCUUGAAGAUGGAUCAAAGGGCUUAAGUGCCGCUGUUAAGUUGGCAUUGGGUGAAACACAAUUAGUUCAGGAUUCCAAGAAAUUUUUGGAGGAAAACGGAGUUUGUUUAGAUGCAUUCAAUCAACCACCGAAUAAACGAUCGAAAACUGUGAUACUGGUAAAAAAUUUACCUGCUGCAUCGCCGGCACAGGAAAUUCGACAAUUAUUUGCACGACAUGGUGAAUUAGGGAGAUUUGUAAUGCCACCCUCAGGAAUUACUGCUUUGGUGGAAUUCUUGGAACCUUCUGAGGCACGAAAAGCAUUUACACAAUUGGCAUAUACUAAAUAUAAACAUUUACCACUUUAUCUUGAAUGGGCUCCUGACAAUAGUUUUACUACCCCUCCUCCUGCGGGAAAAAACAAAGCCACAGAAGUUGGGACAAACGAGAAAAAUAACAUUAAAGAAGUUGACAAACAGGCAGAGGAAUUUUCAGAAAGUAUAAACGAUACAAAUAAGGCUAAUAAAGAAGAAAGCGAAGAUGAAGAUGAACCUGAACAAGAAACAACUCUUUUCGUAAAGAAUAUUAAUUUCACGACUACGGAAGAGCAGUUAAAAACGUAUUUUGGCAAAUGCGGUGCUCUUCAUUAUGUCUCGAUAGCAACAAAGAAGGAUCCAAAAAAUCCUGGCGCUAAACUGUCGAUGGGUUAUGGAUUCGUUAGAUAUAAAAGAAAAGUAGACGCGGAUCGAGCAUUAAAAGUCUUACAAAUGACAGUGCUAGAGGGAAAGACUUUAGAACUCAAACGUUCUGAACGAACGCUAACAACUGAUUUAAAGAGUGCAAAAAAGACAUCGAAGGUAACGGCUCAAACAGGCACGAAAAUUUUAAUAAGAAACGUACCAUUCCAGGCAACGGUUGAAGAAGUAACUGAACUAUUCAAAGCGUUCGGAGAGUUGAAAGCGGUGCGACUGCCAAAAAAAUUGGUUGGUGUUGAAAAGCACAGAGGAUUCGCCUUCGUAGAGUAUUAUACAAAAAGCGAAGCCAAGAAAGCGUUUAAGGCUUUGUGUCAAAGUACUCACUUGUACGGUCGAAGACUGGUCUUGGAAUGGGCUCAAACCGAAGAAGGCGUGGAAGAAGUUAGGAAGCGAACCGCUAAACACUUUUAUCAAGAUGAACCGGUUCAGAAGAGCAAAAAGGCGACGCUAAAUCCAGAAGACGUUGGUUUGGAAGAUGCCUCAUUAUGAGUUAUUUAUAAUACAUAAAGAUAAUUUAUUAUGAGUUAAAUUGUUUCUCAGAUUUUGUACAUAGCAUUGACCGAGGAAACAAAGAAAUAAAUUCACGAAGUACACGUGA